UCCGGUUUCUCGUGUUAAUUGGACAUACUCGAAGAAAGUGGGUUUAUUUUUUAACAGAUCAUGACGUUAUCAACAAAGAUGUUAUAACAGAUUUUGUCAAUUAAUUAACGAAAUUUUACAUAAGAGCAGAUUAUAGUGAAAGGAAGAGAAGAGCCGUUUAGACAACGGUUUCAAAGAUGGGGUACCUGUUUUCUAAACUGUGGAGUCUUUUCACAAAUGAAGAGCAUAAAGUGAUAAUUGUUGGUUUAGAUAAUGCUGGAAAGACAACCAUUUUAUAUCAAUUUUUAAUGAAUGAAGUUGUACAUACGUCUCCUACAAUAGGAAGUAAUGUAGAAGAAGUAACAUGGAAGAAUAUACACUUUUUAAUGUGGGAUAUUGGAGGACAGGAAUCUUUACGUGCUGCCUGGAAUACUUAUUAUACAAAUACAGAGUUUGUGAUAGUAGUAAUAGAUAGUACAGAUAGGGAAAGACUAUCCUUAACAAAAGAAGAAUUAUGUAAAAUGUUAGGACAUGAGGAUCUUAGAAAGGCAGCCGUAUUAGUGUUUGCAAACAAACAAGAUAUUAAAGGAUGUAUGACAGCCGCAGAAAUAUCUCAGCAGCUCAGUUUAACUUCUGUUAAAGACCAUGUGUGGCAUAUACAGGCGUGUUGUGCUUUAACUGGUGAAGGAUUAUAUCAAGGUUUAGAAUGGAUAACAAGUCAUUUAAAACGUCGGUGAUAAAAAUAAAGCCGUAGACUAUAAUAAAAAAAACAUUUAUCAGUAACUAACUUCUGCAGCGGACCAGGCAUUUAACACAGUGCCAUGAACAGGCCUGUUUCCCCAAAUGAAAAAUGACUAAAUGGAACAGGGUAUAAUGUGAAAUGUCAGGAAAAAGGGCUGUGUAUUAUGAACUAUGGUGGACAGUGCUUUACAGAUACCAAACAGUGCUUUUUUUUUUUGAGACUCUUCGAUUUACUUGGUGGAGUUUUCUGUGACAAUAGUUAAUUUAGCACUUAGAAUACCGAUUUUAGUUGAUGGACACCCAAUAAGAAUUGUUAGAAAAUGCCCUGGCUUCGUUCCCAAAUAUCUUUUUAGUGCAAGGGUUACCGUAUUUGGAUUUUUAGAGAUUGUUAAAAUGAAUAUUUCGGAUACUAAUAUAAAUGUAAAUUAAAGAAAACUAGCAGUUUCUUUAGCAAUGUAGACAAUAAAUGAUUAUUUUUACCAGGCUAGAUAGAGAUUGAAAAUAAGAAAUGGAUAUUGACAUCUCUAGGUGAAUGAAUAAUAACUUAUUUUUAGAAAUGUUAGUAGAAAUAAAACAAGUAUUAAGAAUGAAAUUUAGAAAUUGUGCAGUUAGAUAUAUAAAAGAUAUGAAUGAUCAAUACACUGCCAAUCAAAAUGUAUAUUAUGUAAUUAGACCCCCCCCCCACCCCUCCCCCAGUUACCCAAAAAAUAAAAUACAUUGUGAAAUAUUAUGGUCAGUGUUGUUUAAAGUGAUUUUAUUCUUUUUAACUUUUUGCUCAUGGACAUUUAUAUAAAGUUUCCAUUAUACUUUUUUUCUUUUUUAAAAAAACAAAUAAUGAGUAUGUAUUGCAAUUGUCAAAAACAAGUAAUGAUAUUCUCUUACUUCCAUCCUUGCUCAUACAUAGUUAGUUAGGUAUCAAAUACUGUUUUUAACCGAAUCUACAAAUAGCACCUUCUGCCUGGUAUUCUUUUAUCUUCAUCCACGUCCAUGCAGGCACCUUUUUUACUUCAGUGAUUUAAACAUUUUUAUUAGUUCUAAAUAUUUUAAAUAUUUUUUCUCAGUCCAGAUCCUGAUUUUAGUGAACUACUACAUAUCUGAAAAGCACAUUAUAAAUUAGUUCUUAUAAAAUUGAACUUUCAAAUAUUUAAAAUAGGAAUUACUGAUAGUAAUUAAUUGAUCUUAUAUAAACUGUUGAUUAUGCCCAUUCUGGCUGCUGUUGUAUAAAUAUACAAAUGAUAUGUGGUUUGUUCAGAUUUUAUUAUUAUAGUAAAAUCAUUUUAAAAUAUUUUCUGUCAAUGAAAGCAAGUGCCUAACAAAAAGAAUUAUGGUAGUAAAUUUUGCCACUCCGAUGUUUGUUUGAAUAGGUUUGCCUAUUCAGUAAUAAACAAUGUAUAUUAUGAUAGCCAUUUACUUUAUUCAUAUUUUAACCACACAUAGAAUUAAUUUGUCGGUUAUCAACUGAAUUGUACAGUUAAAAGUUUGGGGAUUUUGACUAUUUGAUAAGCUGGCGAAAAAUAUGGAUUUCUAAAUUGAAUGUUGAUUUUGUGUUGUGUUUCAAUUUUGUCACCAGAGAAUAUAUAUAAAUAUUGAUAUAUAUAUAUAUAUAUAUGGCAUUGUAAAGAAUCAUUAAGUUAUUUAUAUAUAUAAUAAAAACAAUGGCCAUCACUUAUAUUUACUUUUGUAAAAUGCAUAAAUCCGCAUUCCAUUUUUCAUUGUUAAUAUAAAUACACCACUUCUAAGAGUCACAACCUUAAUUAACCAAUUUGUUAAAUCAUAAAAUUAACAAACCCUGCCUUAAAAGUAAUUCUUUUAGUCGAGUUUCAAAUUCCAAAAUGAAAAGAUCAUCAUUUAUCAGAAUUUAGUAGCAACUCAUUAUCUGGACAAUCUAAGAUGGUUAAAUUUUAAAUAAAGACAUGUAGACGUUUCACUAAUUGAUAAAUUUUUGUAAGAUAAAUUCCCUUUCUUUUUUGCAAAGUUUACAUGAACUCUAGGCUUUUUAAAGAAAACAAAAAUAUUCAUAGAAUAGUUUAGUUGUUUUGAGAAGUUCUCAUCAUUUUGUUAAGAUGUUGAAACUUGUAUAUAACAAACAGAAUUAUAUAUGAACAGAUUGGAUGAAUGAAUGAAUGAAUGUGUCUUUAUUUACUUACAUUAUAUUUAUCAACUUAUAUAAUCUGUAUUCUAUAUUGUAAGACAAAAAAUGUAAAGUAAAUUGUUUUAAGAAUAUACUUUUUUCCUGUGUCAAUAAGAAGCCAGAAUUCUUAAAAUAAGUUCUUGUGAAUAUUACUUAUUCGCUGCUUCUGAAGGAUGCAUACAGUUUCCAUUGCUUUAUUUCAUUUAUUUCAUGCUGCUUGCCAUUGCUAAAAAUGUAUUCUGAAUUUUCAGUUAACCAAAAUGGCCCAUGCAGCCUAUAAUAAAUGAAUAGCCCACCCCAUGUAUCCUUUAAUAAUGAAUCGAAAAUUAUACCAAUAUUUAGCUGUUUGAAAUAUUAACAAUUAUAUUAAGAUAUUCAAUAAAGAUUCUUAAGGGGGUGGACAGUAGAAAAUUUCAGUUUUUUUAAUAAUUGAGGUAAAGUCACCAUUCUUACACAUCUAAGAACACAUCCAUUGAAUAUUACAAAAACGGCCGAAAAAUUUUCCUGGGGGUACCUGUUGCUAUGGAAACGGCGGCCAUCUUGGAUUUCUGCGUAUAAUUUUAGUCAUCCAGUUUCUCAGAAACUAUUCAACAGAAUGUUUUAAAAUUAAGCAGAGAGGUUACUGACAUGUUCAUUUGUGCAAUAGGCAAGUUUCAUUACAAAAUAAUAAUUAGAAAGCAAGUUAUACACAUUUUAAUGUUAACUUCAAAAUUCUUUCAUGUGUCACAGUUGCUAUGGCAACAAUAUAUCAGGAACUAUUUCGCAGAUUUCAAUAAAAUUUUCCUAUUGCACAAAGUUAUUAUAUAGGAAGUUAUAUUCCAAGUUUCAAGAAAAUCUGACGUUAACUUUCAGAGAUAUAGCAUGACUAAAAUUGGUAACUCUAGAAAAAAACUGUUUUGAGAAAUCAACAACUGAAGUUGAAGUAUUUCAGUAGAACAACUUACGCCGAUCUGUUCAAUUCAUUUAUUUAAUAUUAAUAAACUGACUUUUAAUAUAUAUAUUUUCUAAUGUAUUUCUUAUCAAUAUACAGUAUUUUCUUAUUUUAUUUCUUGUGUGUAAAUUUACAACCGAACAUUGGCAUAGGAAUAGAUGUUAUUCAAAACAACCAUAACUAUAAUAAUCACUGACAGCAGGCCUACCUGGUAAUGGUAUUGCAACCAUACCACUACUAGGUCUAGCAGACGAAUUUUCAUCUUCAUUUUGUUUAUUAUGAGUGUCUGUCAUACUUAUUUAGUCAUCUAAACAAUUUCAAACGCAUUUUAUUUGAAAAUCUUCAAAAAUAUUGAUAAACAGUGACGUACGGUUCAGUAAUAUAGCAACCAGGAUUGAUUUGGGACCUGAGCUUAGUGCGCAUGCCUAUUGACCUGACCUAGAGGAUUGCCCGCUUCUGAUUGGACACUUCACCAUUGACCUAUGUGACCGACCAAUCAAAUAACGUAAUCUCGAAAUAACCUCAUUAGGUAUGCAAAACUUGUUCUUGCUUGCUAUUUUUAUCUCAAUACAGAAGAAAGGUUUCAAGACACCCCCAAAAAACGUCAUUUCCUUUCAAUAGGGGAAAUCCCAAGCUUUCUAACAGUAUCUAACAUGGCGACAGUUUACCGGUCGGAAGCCAAGUAUUUCACGUAUGAAAUGCCCAUUGUUUUUAGAUUUAUAUCAAUAGUUUUAGCGGAAUUAGGGCAAAAUAAAAAAGGGUGGGAUCAUUCAGAACCAAAUUUUGUAGAAAUAAAGAAGAAUUUUGUGAAAAAAAUGACUGGUAUGUGUUCCUAGAUAGUGUUACUCGCAGAUAAUCAUAAAACCUCAAAAACGAUUUUAUUGUUAAAAUUCACCAAAUGAAGUGCGAACGACGGCCUUAAAUGAUGUGUUAAUGGAGAUUAUUAGAACCAUGCCUCUUCAUAUUAUAUUUUUAGCAAUAAAACCACAAGUAAAUAAGCAAUGUUGUUCCAAAUGCUGUCAAUAUGUGGGCGAACUGUUUAAAUGAAAAAAAUACAAGACAUUUCAACUAUUAUACAACAGUCUUUCUCAUGUGGAACAUUUAUAUGGAUAUUGAAACUUCGUGCAUUUUGAUUUAAAGCCAUUUAAAAACCAUUAAACACUUUAAUCAAAUUUCAACUUCUAAAUGCUAUUCAAAACUUGAAUUCUCUCAAAUUAAAAAUUUCUUUUAAAUUCAGUUUGUGUCUGAAACAAAAUUCUGUAAUUCUGAUUUAAAAUUGAUAAUUAAAGAGAAAGUUAAUACUAUUUGAAAUGUUUUUAGGCUCGGUUGUGACAAAGUUAUCUCCCUUGGUCAAAAAAGGGAAGAUUGGUAUCUCUUGCAGGAAUAUAUAAAAUUUAAAGCAAUUGUUGAAAUAAAUUGAAUUAUUUAUGUGCUUGUAUAUUAUUUAAAUGAAUGUUACUAUUUAUAUUGCUCUGUAUAAUAAGUCUCUUGUCUUUUAAAGUGUUCAUAAUGUUUAUCUUAGGAUAUGGGCUAGGCGCAGUUUAUUCCAAGUGGCUUCCAUAUAAAUGAUGUGUUCUUCACUAGAUAUUCAAAACAUGCAAGAAAAUAACAAAAUGGCAAAGAUAUAUUUAUCGAUAAAUUGUAAAAAUUCCUGUUAAAAUACUCAACAGAACGAUCAGAAAUUAUUUUGCUAUAUAUUUCUUUGCUUCUAUCCGGUCUCAGGAAUGCCAGAUACUUCUAAAUAAUGUUAGACUUAAACAACUUGCUUUCUGAAUUAUUUGUUACUUUUUUCUUUGAUUGAUAUUCUUUCUAAGAGUUGGAUGGACAUUACAACAUGAUGCUUUAAUAUGCUUGAUGAUUACAAAUUCAAACAUUUUGUUGGGUUGCACGUAAGAAAAGAAAGAUGUACUGUGAAAAUUUACUAUAGACAUUAUACUAACUUGGCUUUUUGAAUCUACCUAAUAAUUUAACUGAUUUUUCUCAUCCAUGGCAUAUACUUUAGCUUUAUAAAUUCUAGUCAAUAGCUCAGGGUUGUAAAAUUUGUAUUUUGAUGGUACAAUAAGCAGUAGGUAAAGAGAAAAGGACAAUCUGUCUUCAAAUUUAAUUUACUGUUAAGAGAUGUCAUUCAUUUGUGUAGUUACGUUUAUAAAGCUGAAAUUUGUCAUGCUGUUAAGUAAAAACGUCAGUACUUCAAUUAAGUUGGAUGCAUAUUGUUGUUUAAAUUAAUUACACAAAAUGUGAAGCAACUGUUAGCUACAUGUAUUUAACCUGAGACAGGAGUACUACAGUAGUUCUUAACAAGUCUUCCUUUUAAUACCAUUGAUGGAAUUUUACAUACAAGGAAGUAGGAUAAUGGUGCAUUGUGGGAUCAUGUUUUUGUUUCUCUGGUUAACAUUGAAAUACUAGGACUAUUACUUAAUUUUGAUGGCUAACUGAUUUGCUGAAAGUUAUUUUUAAAACCACGCCAAAUAGAAGAACAAUGUCUUGUAAUUAUGAUUUUAAGAAUUUUAAUAUGUUAUAAUUGUUUGGUGAGAGAGAUAUAUAAAGCUGUAUAAUGUUCUUAUGUCAACUGUAUUAUAAUGUAUGUAUUGUAUGUAAGAAAUAAAUGAUUGGUAACAGUA